GCGUCGCCCGACCUGUCCCGCUCGCGGGGCGCAUGCGCAGCGGGUUGGGACCGCUUCCCUCCCUCCUGCGGUGCCUGAGGCGACCGCGUCAGGUAAAUUGGGUCGUCGUGCAGCUUUUUGGUACUCUUGGGGAGAAAGCAUAUAGCUUGUGGAUUCUCUCUGUCCUAGAGCACAUUUGCUGGGACCGCUUCAUCUCCAGCUUUUACUCCUAUUAAGACAGCAUUGGGUCUUCAUUCGCUUCCCAGAAUUCUGUCGUUAGGCUGUGUUUAGUAAAAUAUUUCUUACCACUGCCAUAUUUAACCCGAGGAAAGAUGACUCCAGGAGCAAGGAGAUCCAAUCUCACGUGAGAUGUUUCCAGCUCUAGUGCCAGGACCAAGUGGUCUUUGAGAACAACUUUAUUCUGGUUCUCCUUAUGGAUUACUCCAGUGAUGGGUGAGGAGGAAAAUCUGGGUGGGAUUUUCAAGUGUAGAUGUUGAGGCCAUUCAGCACAGAAGGAAACCAAGAGAAAGAAAGGAUAGAUAUGGAUCAAGAGCAGAAGAAAGGGCGCUGGCAUUCCCGUUGGAAUAAUCCAUUUCCAGUGAAAAAAAAUAGGCCGAGCCAGUCGGCUUCAGGAAAAGCUGUGGAUCGUGACCCAAGCGUUCAGAGCCAGUGCCUGCAGCCCUCUCAGCUGAACCUUUUAGCAAGCUUUGGCUUAUCCAGGGAAGACUUGGAGACUCUUAGUCACUACCCAGAUGAUCAGCUGACCCCUGAAAACAUGCCUUUACUGUUGCAGGCUAUCCACAAGUCCAAACUGGCUCCUAAGGUGCCUGUGGUACCUUCUAAUUGCCCCGAAAAAGAAACACCGCAAAACCUGCACCAAUGCAUCGAAGACGAAACCCUUUUGAGUGCUGAUGACUGUGGUGGUAUAGUGAAGAAAAAAGUGAUUGAUUAUGGUCAUAAAAGCAAGUAUGGUUAUAAUGAAGCUGUCCCAGUAGUAAAAGGUUCAUCUUUGGUGGUGAAUGAGAGCAAAGAAGGAUUUCAAACCCCGAAGGCUGCUUCUGGGCUUGUUGCUUCACCCUCCAGGGUAACUAGUAAUCCCAAGAGCCCCAGUAAAGAACUGCCAGGACAGCCAGGGUUUCAGACAAGUACGCCCAGUGCCCAGGCCAAGCCCCCUACGGAUGUUGCCCCAAAAGUGCCUCCAAAAGAACUUUGGGUACCUGCAAAUGUCCCAUCAGUGAUGCAACCAGGGGUGCUGCCUAAACCUAAGCCGGUACCCGCAAAGAUCCAACCCAUAAUGCAUCCAGUGGUGCUGCCUGUAUCUAAGCCUGAGAGGAUUCCUGUUUUGCCUGUCAAGAAGCGAGCUAUGGACCAGCGGCCGCCCCCUUUUGCUCCUAAAAUAAACAAGACUCUCAGUAGCCAUGACAGAUUUGAGCACGCGUCCGGGGCUGAUCCUCUGAGCCGUCCGUGCCAGGGUGCAGGUGACCAGAAUAAUUUUUGGGUCGAAGAACCUAUCCGAUCCCCUUUUGGUGUGGUGAAAGCCUCUUGGCUUCCCACUUUUUUGCAGAGGGAUGCGCCAGUGAUAAAACUGCCUACUGCCUCUGAGAUGGAUGAUUACUUUGCUGUGACUCCUAAAAUAUUUCCACACGUUUGCUCUCUGUGUAAUGACGAUUGUGCAGAUAAGAUGGGCUGGAUUCAGCAUCAGAAUACCGCUGCCCACAUGGUGAACUGUCGCUGGCUUGUCCGGAACCAUCCAGGGUGGACUCCUGACCCCUCCUGUUUAUCCAACAGACAUGAAGACCACAAACAGGAGAGGAAUCAAUCAAGGCAAUGUUCAGCUAGUCCAAGCCCAAAGCGUUCAAGACACUCUGACCAUUCCGGGCAUCGAACACCGUCGCAGUCAGAGAGCCAUGACUCUCACAGGACGAGUCGAGCAAGAAGUCGAACACCGUCGCAGUCGAGGAGCCAUGAUUCUCACAGGACGAGUCGAGCAAGAAGUCGAACACCGUCGCAGUCGAGGAGCCAGGACUCUCACAGGACGAGUCGAGCAAGAAGUCGAACACCGUUGCAGUCGAGGAGCCAGGACUCUCACAGGAGGAGUCGAGCAAGAAGUCGAACACCGUUGCAGUCGAGGAGCCAGGACUCUCACAGGACGAGUCGAGCAAGAAGUCGAACACCGUUGCAGUCGAGGAGCCAGGACUCUCACAGGAUGAGUCGAGCAAGAAGUCGAACACCGUUGCAGUCGAGGAGCCAGGACUCUCACAGGAUGAGUCGAGCAAGAAGUCGAACACCGUUGCAGUCGAGGAACCGUGACUCUCACAGGAUGAGUCAAGCAAGAAGUCGAACACGGUCACGGUCGAGGAACCGUGACUCUCACAGGAUGAGUCGAGCAAGAAGUCGAACACGGUCACGGUCGAGGAGCCGUGACUAUCACAGGACAAGUCGGGCAAGAAGUCGAAGUCCAAAGCGCCUUUCUAGUCCAAGACACAGGUCAAAGUCUCCAAGGCAAUCUCAGAAUUCUAGGGGGCGGAGUUCUUUCAGCAAGGAGAGAGGAUCAGGAAGUUCAUCUAAGUCUUCAGAGGGACAACAUGCCAUGGCACCUAGUUCCAGAAGAAAGCAUGAUGAACGGAAGCAGACUGAUAGUCGUUCAGACUGUCGGGAAAGAAGACGUGAAGAUUCUGAGCGGACAAGGGAGGAUGCAUCAUGCCAGAAGCAGUCUGUGGAUAAGACAGGAAGCAAAAAGGAGACGCACAAGAAGCUGGUGCCAGAAGGACAGUCACAUGAAGAGCCGGAACGCUUGGCAUUGGCUUCUCUCACAGAAAAAAGUGUCCUUCAGGCCAUGGCACAGCUUCAGGCUCAAGGAACAGCAGAGGGAAGUCUCAACCAAGGAGGGAACUCUGCAGAGCUUGCUGCUGGAGUGACAGACACCUCUACAGUAUCCUCUGACCUUGUCUCCAUGAUCCAGAGGGUUGCAACACAGGUAAUUACAGCUGUCUUAGAUUCCAAAGAAGCAUCAGCUACACGAGCCAGAACAAGGACAAGAGCUCCAGACCCCCAGAAAGUUAGUUCUGCUACCAGGAAGGCCAAGAGUCAAAGUGUGGCCCCUCGGGAAGGCACUGUGAGGAGCCAUGAAGCUAAGGGUAAAAGCCUGAAGAGACCAUGUCCCAAGAAAGGCACCUCUUUGAGCGGUAAGGCCAAGAACAAACGAGAGGCAGGUCUGUGCCCCAAGGCAGACAAGGCCAAGAACAAGCCCAAGGCAGGUCCAUGCCAUAGGGAAAGGACCUCUUUGUGCAGCAAGGCAAAGAAUGCAGUGAAUCCAGGCGUCUCUCUGGGCACUGCUGCAAAAGGUAAGAAAGAGAAUAAAUGUGUGGCAGGUCAGCGGUCCAAGCAAGCUGUUGCAUCGCGAGACAAGGCAGAAAAGGAAAGUGGGAUAGGUUUUGCCCCCCACCAAAGCACUACUGAAAGAGACAAGGUAGAGAACCAAGGUGUGGUGACUGCAUGCCCCCAACAAGGAGCUCCCAAGAGCAGCAAAUCAGACAACCAAGGUGUGGUCAUUGUGUGUCCUCAGCAAGGUGUUCCUGUGAGCUGCACAUCAAAGAACCAAGGUGUGACAGGUGCAUGCCCCCAGCAAGGCUCCACUGUAAGCAGCACAUCAAAGAAUCAAGAUGUGGUGGAUGUAUGCCCCCAACAAGGUGCUCUUGAUAGCAGCAUUUCAAAAACCCAAGGUGUGGCAGGUGUGUUCCCUCAGCAAGGUGCUCCUAAGAGCAGCAUGUCAAAGAACCAAGGUGUGGCAGUUGUGUCCCCCCUGCAAGGUGCUUCUGUGAGCUGCAUGUCAAAGAACCAAGGCGUGGUAGGUGCAACCCCUCAGCGAGACGUUCCUGAGAGCAGCACAUUGAAGAACUGUGGCAUGGUGGGUGUGUGCCCCCAGCAAGGUCCUCCUGAGAGCUGCACAUCAAAGAAAGAAAGUGUUGCGGGUGUGUGCCCCCAGCAAGGUGCUCCUGUGAGCUGUACAUCAAAGAACCAAGGUGUGGUCAUUGUGUGUCCUCAGCAAGGUGUUCCUGUGAGCUGCACGUCAAAGAACCAAGGUGUGGCGGAUGCAUGCCCCCAGCAAGGCGCUCCUGAGAGCAGCACAUCAAAGAGUCAAGAGGUGGUGGGUGUGUGCCCCCAACAAGGCACUCCUGAGAGCAGCCUGUCAAAGAACCAAGGUGUGGCUGGUGCAGGCCCCAAUCAAAGCACUCCUGCAGAUAGCAAGUCAGAGAAUCAAGGCAUGGCAAGUCACUGCCUCAACAAAGACACUGCAAGAAAUGGCCAGGCGGAGUGCCUACAUGUGGCAGGUUGUAGUCCAGACAGAGGCACUGCUGGAAGUGGUGCAACAGAGAACGAAUCCCCGGAGGUUCCCAGCUCUCAGCAACAGAUCAGUCUGAACAGCCAAGAUACCGAGAUGAAGCUGGUCCCUGGAAACAUUUGUCCUCGUUCAGGAAACGUCAAACUCAUAGCCAAGCCUCGAGUGUGGAUCUGUGGGGAUUCUCUGGUCGUCUCAGCCCAGAAGCGGGCAUCCAAGACACCAAUAGGCUCAAAGCUGGGCCUGGAGAAGAGCAUCAUUCUGGAGUGGCAAAAGGAGGACAGCCUGAAGUGGAUCCAGCUGAAGCCUUUCCUGCAGAAUGUCAUAAAUUGCCAUCAGGUCCCAGAUGUGUUGAUCAUACAUUUGGGGGAGGAGGAGUUAGCACAUGUCGUGAAGUAUGACUUACUCUCUCGAGUGAAAGGAGAGUUCACCUUGCUUGCAAAACUUGCCCCCCAACUCAGAGUGAUUUGGUCGGAGAUCAUCCCACCGGGCGUUUGGCACAAAGAAUACCAACGUUUGAAACUGACACAGUUUAAUUUUGAGAUGGGUCAGCUUAUUCUGCAGCAUGGGGGUGCCGUGAUUAAACACCCUCAAUUUUCACCUAAAAACCCCAAGUUGUAUGUUGAUAAAGUACAGUUGUCUGGUGCUGGCCUUGACAUAUUUUUGAACGAUAUAAAGAACGGGAUCAGUGCUCAUGUGCUCCAGCCUAGUACGGCAUCUGAUGCUCUCACUAGCCUUGACUUGGUGAGUCAGAAGGUUGCCACACAGAUGAGUGAAGUGGUCUUGUCUUCCAAGGGAGCAUCAAGUUUGCAAACAAACCCUAGCGAGGCUGCUGUGAGAACCCAGCCUGUGAGAAAUGAGGCACAAAACUCUGGUGUGGCCAGUCCAAGUUCCCAGCCUGGAACGUCUGGGAUCUGUAAGGCCGAGAAGCGAAUUGUGAAGCAGGGGCUAGUAGUUGGAAGCAUUCCUUUUUUCUCAGGAAAUGUCAGACUCAUAGUGAAGCCUCGAGUGUGGAUCUGUGGGGAUUCUCUGGUCGUCUCAGCCCAGAAGCGGGCGUCCGGGACAGCAAUAGGCUCCCAGCUGGGCCUGGAGGAGAGCGCCACCCUGGAGUGGCACGGGCAGGACAAUCUGAAGUGGAUCCAGCUCCUUCCUUUCUUGCAGGAUCUAGUAACUGGCUGUCAAGCCCCAAAUCUGGUGAUCGUACAUUUGGGGGAGGAGGAUUUAGCACAGGCCGCAAAGGUUGACUUGGUCAAUCGAGUGAGAGCAGAGUUCACCUUGCUUCCAAAACUUUUCCCCAGAGCCAAAGUGAUUUGGUCUGAGAUCAUCCCUCAGGGUUUCUGUUAUGCACAAGAUGCAUAUUGGGCACGGAAAAGAUUGAACCUUGCAUUGGGCCUGCCUUUGGAAAGCUAUGGUGGGGCCGUGCUCAAACACCCUGGAAUUUCGUCUGAAAACUCUACGUUGUAUAUUGAUCAAGCAAAUCUGUCUGAUGCCGGCCUUGAUGUAUUUUUGGAGGAUAUAAAAAAUGGGAUUUGUGCUCACCUGCUCCAGUCUAGUAAGGCAGAAAGUGGUGGACUCAACAAACCCACGAGCUUACCUCCACCUGCGACUCCAGGUACUCCCGCUGGCCUCAGCUCUGUGAGUCAGAAAGUUGCCACCCAGGCCCGUGAAGUGGUCUCAUCUUCCAAGGAAGCAUCAAGUAUGCAGACAAACAGCAGAGAGGCUACUGUGAGCUCCCAGCCUGUGGGGAAUACGGCAAAAAACUCUGGUGUGGCCAGUCCAAGUCCCCAGCCAGGAACAUUUGGAGCCUGCAAGGAAGAGAAGCAAGAUUUGGAACUGAGCCUGAUCGGUGGGAAUGUUCUUGCUCCUUGCUCAGUGACUCGUGAGCAAGGCACGAAGCCUCGAGUGUGGAUUUGUGGAGAAUCUCUGGCAGUCUCUGCUCAGAAAUUGGAUUUGGAAAAGAGGCAAAGAGGAGAACUCUGCUUUACCUUCACAGACAUGACUCGUGAGCAAGUCACGAAGCCUCGAGUGUGGAUUUGUGGAGACUCUCUGGUAGUCUCUGCUCAGAAAUUUGAUUUGGAAAAGAGGCAAAGAGGAGAACUAGAUCGGCUGCAACAGAGAGUUGUUGUGGAGUGGCACGGGCAGGAAGGCCUGACCUGGACUCAGCUGGUGCCCACCUUGCAGAAUCUGGCAGCUCAGGGUCAAGCCCCGGAUGUGCUGAUCAUUCAUCUGGGCCAGAAGGACUUGCUGAGUACUCCAUGGCUUGAGUUAAGCAGAAUAAUUAAAACGGAGGUGGCUUCGCUUAAAGAAGCCUUCCCUAAGGUCAGACUGAUCUGGUCAGAGAUGCUGCCGCAGCUAGUUUGCCCUGCAGAGGGAGAAGCUUGCGAAGCGGAGAAGGUGCUGAAGGAGGCAAAUUUGUUCGUGGGGGAAUUAAUCUCCAGCUUUGGGGGCGCAGUGAUCAAGCACCCUGAGACUUCAAACAGCUUCCCUGUGUUGAAAGCAAACGGAGAUGGUUUGUCUCACAUUGGCCUUAAAUUAUUUUUGGAAAAUAUAAAGAAUGGGAUUCGUGUGCAUGUGCUCCAGGAGAGCGGCACGACUCGUCCUGGUAUCAACAAAGUCUUGCCCUUGUUUUCGUUUGCCCCUCUACUGCCUCCUGCUGGCCUUGGCUCUGUGAGUCAGGAGGUGACAUUACAAGGGACUCAAGGAGUGUCAUUUUCAUCGGAAGUCUUACAGAUACUGAGCAACGUGGGCGAUGCUGCCAUGAGCACCCAGCCAGCUGUUCCUGUAUUCAGAAGGAGAAACGUGCAGACCUUUAAAUUUGAAAGCCCUCCUUUUUGCUCAAGAAGUGUCAGACCCAGCACUAAGCCUCGAGUGUGGAUCUGUGGAGAUUCUCUGGUCGUCUCAGCCCAGAAGCGGGCGUGCGGGACAGCAAUAGGCUCCCAGCUGGGCCUGGAGGAGAGCGUCAUUCUGGAGUGGCACGGGCAGGACGAUCUGAAGUGGAUCCAGCUCCUGCCUUUCGUGCAGACUUUAGUAACUGGCCAUCAGGCCCCGAAUGUGUUGAUUAUUCAUUUGGGGGAGGAAGAUUUAGCACAGGCCGUGAAGGAUAAUUUAGUGAACCGAGUGACAAGAGAGUUUUUCUUGCUGAAAACGCUUUUCCCCAAAGUCAGGGUGAUUUGGUCAGAGGUCAUCCCAGAGGGCUUCUGGCCUGGAGAAGAGGGAUGUUUGGAACGGGAAACAUUGAACUGUAUAAUGAGGAAGUUCAUUGAAAGCCAUGAGGGUGCUGUGAUUAAACACUGUCGGCUUUCAUCUGAAGACUCUAAGUUGUAUAUUGAUAAAGCAAAGUUGUCUAAUGCUGGCAUUGACGUAUUUUUGGAGGAUAUAAAGAACGGGAUUUGCGCUCAUGUGUCGGCAGCUCGUGUUCCCACUGGCCUUGACUUUCUCAGUCAGAAGGUUGCAACACAGACAGGUGAAGGAGCCUCGUCUCCCGAGGAAGCAUCAGUCAUGCAAAAAGACACCAGAGAGGUUACUGUGAGCCCCCAGACUGUGAGCAGCGAAAACUCUGGUGAGGCCAGUCCAAGCACCCAGCCAGAACAGUCUGGAACCUGCAAGACUGAGAAACAAGAUGUGAAGCAGGAGCUAGUAGUUAAAAGCGUUCCUCCUUGCCCAGGAUCUCCUGGGCCGCCGCACUCAAAGCCUCGCAUCUGGAUAGUUGGGCAUGCUGCUGUAUUCUUAGCCCAAGAACGAGCAGUCACCAGCGGCAUCGGCUCCCAGCUGGGCCUGGAGGAGAAAGUUGUCCUGGAGUGGCACGGAUACAAUGGCUUGUCGUGGGUUGAGCUCAUUCCCUUGUUACAAGAUCUGGCCAUUUAUUAUCAGCCCCCAGAUGUGUUGAUCAUCCAUCUCGGAGAGAACGACUUAUUGUACACCCUGUCUGUAGACUUUCUGAUCAGGAGAAUAAAAGAAGAACUGCACCUGGUCAGGCAACUUUUCCCCAGGGCCAAAGUGAUGUGGUCGGACAUGAUGCGAUGGGGAAGUGACCUGGACAAGCCGAACGCCGUGAACAUCUCUGUGGGCGAGUCUGUCAAGCACUUUGGGGGUGCUGUGAUUGGACACCCUAGAAUUUCAUCUGAAGAGCGGUAUUUUGACAAAGAAAACCUGCGUAAUGUUGGCCUUGACAUAUUUUUGGAAGAUAUCAAGGCUGGGAUCUGUGCUCAUGUGCUCCAGUCUAGGGGGGCAGCAAGCGGCAGACUCGGCAAAGGCACGAGGUUACCUGCAUCUGCCUCUCCCGCAGCUCCUGUUGCCCGUGGCUCCGUGAGUCAGAUAUCUGCAAUACAGGUGGAGGAAGCAUCCAGUGUGCAGACAGACGUUGGGGAGCCUGCUGUUAGCUGUGAGGCAGAACAGUCCAGUGUGGCUAGUCCAAGCCUCCAGCAAGGAACGUCUGAGAACCAGGACGUGGAAGAGAAGCUGGUGCCUGGAGACAUUCCUCCUCGCCCAGGGGGGGCUGCUGUGAGCCCCCAGCCUGUGAGUAUCAAGGCAGAAAUCUCUGGUGAGGCCUGUCCAAGUCCACAGCCAGGGACGUCUGGAACCAUCAAGGUCGAGAAGCAAGAUGAGGAGCUGAAGCUGGUCAGUGGAAGUGCUCUUGAUCCUUGCUCAGGGGGGGCUGCUGUGAGCCCCCAGCCCGUGAGCAUCAAGGCAGAAAUCUCCGGUGAGGCCGGCCCAAGUCCCCCGCCAGAGACAUCCAGAACCUGCAAGACAGAGAAGCAAGAUGAGGAGCUGGUCAGUGAAAGCACUCUUGAUCCUUGCUCAGGGGGGUCUGCUGUGAGCCCCCAGCCCGUGAGCAUUAAGACAGAAAUCUCCGGUGAGGCCGGCCCAAGUCCCCAUCCAGAGACAUCCAGAACCUGCAAGGCCGAGAAGCAAGAAGUGAAGCUGGAGCCAGUCAAUGAAGAUGUUCUUGCUCCUUGCCCAGGAAAUCCCGAACCAGCCUCUAAGCGGCGAGUGUGGAUUUGUGGGCAGUCUGUGGUCACCUCUGCUGAGAAGCAGGCAUCCAGCACCGAAGCAGGCUCUCAGCUGGGCCUGGAUGAGAGCGCCAUUCUUGAGUGGCACGGGCAGGAAGGCCUGACCUGGACUCAGCUGGUGCCCACCUUGCAGAACCUGGCAGCUCAGGGUCAGGCCCCAGAUGUGCUGAUCAUUCAUCUGGGCGAGGAAGACACGGAGUGUCACCGUGCAGCUCAUUUAAAUGACAUCAUCAAAAAGGAACUGGUGCUCGUGAAGGAAUUUUUCCCGCUCGUCUGGAUACUGUGGUCCAACGUGCUGUUACGGAGGCGUGGGUGCGGCACGGGUGGCUCUCGCACAGUUAACCGGGCACGCACCAUGGUGAACCAAGAAAUGGGGCACUUCAUCGGCACUCUUGGGGGGGCAGUGAUCGAUCACCCUGCCAUUUUGCACACUGACCCUGAUUUUUAUACUGAUGGAGACAAUCUCUCUUCUUGUGGUCUGGACAUAUUUUUGGAGGACAUGAGACGUGCGAUUCUUGCCCAUUUGCAUUCUUGUUAGCACAAGAAAGGUAGGUGUAGCCAGAGUUAGUUCCAGUUCUCCACAUGUGGAAAUAUUUUUCCGGAAACACUUUCAUUUGGAGCACAGCGUUGUAUGUUGGAACAGGAUAUCUCCCAGCUGAGGGAAGGGCUUUCUUGCCGCCAGUGUAAGGUUUGCAGGGUCCAGUUUGUUGAGCCAGAGUACAGGAUAUAGGCCUCCCUUUUGACUGAGGGUCAUGAAGGGGCAGCGCAGAAGAAUGCUUUGCAGGCCGCCUCAGCAUUAUGCCCCCUCCUCCCCUCCCCCAAUCUCCACCAAAUCUAAUAAAUCCGUGAUCAUCACAGACUUACCUUGCGUCAUAAAUGAUUUUUUUAAAGUGGUCUGCCAAUAAAAAUGCUGCACAAAAUACUAGAAUGCCCUGUCCCAACUCGUGCAGCAAGUCUCACUCAGAAAGGAGAAGUGGGGACUUGAGAGGAAACCCAGAGGCUCAUAAUCACCUGCCAGUUGAAGUCCAGAGUGGGGAUUCUUCGGGGGAAACCCCUAACCAGCUGGGCAGCCAGUAAUCCCAAAUCAGACCUUGGAACUGUGCAAUGGAGGACAGUUUGGCAGUCAGCCUGGACACUGCUUGUGGGGGUGGGGGCAGAGGCAGAGACCAAGUCAGCGGGCCCAGCUCCCCAGUUCCCACAAAACCAGAGCUAUCCAUCCUCCCAGCGUUUUGUACCACUGAUGUCUUAAGGCUCCGCCCUGGGAUAUUGAAGCCCCUCCCUCUUGGUGCUGCUCUGUGUGGCCAGGCAUCUUUCCAUUCUCCUCCGCAGAUACUUUGCUGCCACCCUUCUUGGACUGGCAGAACUCACACAGAGGUGUCUGUUUUCCUAAGGCAAACAGCUCGUCAUCCAUGACGCCUCCCGCGCAUAACUGAGAUGUUGGUGUGAAGAGGUUUUACGCGAGCUCCAUUUUGACAUUUCACCCCUAAAUCCAGAGGAUGACCUGUGGAAAGAUGAUGUGCUCAGCUUUCACAAGGUCUACAACUUCCCCAGGUGAUUUGGGUGAAGGGAAAUCGCAGAGUGGGGUGUCAUCAGAAUAAUGAGAGCAGCCUCCUCCAAACCCCCAGGGGCACACUAGCCUUUACUCUCACUGGGACAAUUCCUUGUGGAUUGUUGCGGGUUUUUUGGGUUGUAUGGUCGUGUUCCAGUAGUAUUUUCUCCUGACUUUUCGUCUGCAACCGCAAAGCCAGCCACAAAUGCAGGCGAAACAUCUGAAGAAAAUACUACUGGAACACGGCCAUACAACCUGAAAAACACCAGCAUCUUGGUGAUUCCGGCCGUGAAAGACUUCGACAGCACAAUUCCUGGGGGGCCUCUGCCCUGAGGGCCGGUGGGAAGGUGGAAAGGGCCCCCAGUCAGGGCAGCCAGGAGAGGCAUCUCCAAAGAACCAGAAUGCAAAGAGAGGGAAAGGGAGGUAGCCUCAUCCUUGCUCCACUUCCCACUCUUUGGGCUGCUCUUAGGCCAGCUGGCUUGGACAGAAGCCCACCGUUUUUCAGGUGAUCCCAAAGCUGCUGCCUUUUCCUGGAGCGCAUGCAGUGCUUCGUACUGGAGCCCCAACCUCAUGCAAGCUUACCUGGAAAUAAAUGUCCUUCCUUCCUGGUGAAAGCACACCAACCACCAGAGCUGCCUGAGGGAGGGGGGAGCGGGAGCGUUCUUUCUUCCUGAGGGUGGGGCUGCAUUCAGAAGUGAAAACAAGCCAAUACCUUUGACACCCCACCCACCCCGAUUCAUCUCUGCUCCAAAGGGGGAUGGGAUCAUCUGUCAAGCCCUGGAUCUGUUACCAAGAAAGAGCUCAGUGAUUUCAGUCAGAAGCUUUUAUUGACAGGCAGCUGUUUGGCCAGAGAGAGAGAAAGUCAGCACUAAGUUUGGGCUUUCCAUAGAACCCAAUGUAUGCCUUAAUCUGCCUUUCCCUCUUCCCUCCUUCCCAAAUGCCCAAGCAGAGCGGGAACGCACUAGCCACGUACUGAUAAGAGAGCAGUCUACAUCACGAUAUGGUGCAGGCAUGGAGACAGCGGGAAAGUGAAUGAGAAAUGGGCACUGCUAAUGGGCACAAAAUCCAGAUCCCAGUUAAUGUCGGGCCCCGGACAGUGGUGCGAUGGCUUUAAAAAGCAAAGUUUCCUUUUUCUUGCCAACUGAAGACCCUGUGGCAGCAGCAAACUUGGUGGUUAUUCUGUGGAUGCUGGGAUAAGGGAUUUCUGAGGUUUAGUUAAAAGGGUUUUUUUGUGUGAAAUAAAGGAGGCAUUUUAGGGGCCAAGUUGAAAAUAAGGUUGGAAGUCCUGUCUAAUUAAAACGAUCGGUUUCUUGUU